AUGAGCACCAAGCUGGUACUCUGCCUGUGCCUGGCGCUCUGCGGAGUCCUGGCCACAGCUUAUCCGCUGGAGGAGAACUUCGGACAGGAGUCUGAGUUGGAGAACAGCCAGGAGCUGAACAGUGUUGAGGACAACUACGCCGAGGCGGACCCCUCGUCGUGGCGCAAGCUCUUCGGCAGCGAAGGCAGCGCUGGAAACCUGGUCAUCACCUUCCCCUCCACCACCACCACCACCAGGAGGCCGAAGCGGAAGCACUCCUCCCACCCGGCACCCAAUUACUCCCACUCGGCACCCAAUUACUCCUACUUGGCUUACCAGCAUUACUCACCGUACCCAGCUCCGCCGUACCACUACCCCAGCUACUAUCCACCACCGUUCCCGUAUCCCGGCGGAUAUUAUCAUCACCAGUCGCACCCGCACAAGCCCGACACGAAGCCCGACACUAAGCCCGAGCCGAAGCCCGACCCAAAGCCUGAGCCGAAGCCCGACCCAAAGCCGGACCCAAAGCCCGACCCAAAGCCCGACCCGAAGCCCGACCCGAAGCCCGACCCGAAGCCCGACCCAAAGCCUGAUCAUCCCGAUCACGGACAUCAUGGUCAUCACGGUCACCACGGUCACUACCCUCCACCAGCCCCCUACUAUCCACCCUACCCAUACUACCCACCCCCACCACCUCCACCACCACCACCACCACCACCACAAUCGAACGACUCUGGCGAAUCCUCAGAAUCGGUAACCUUCAACAAGUGCAAGAAGUUCCUUGGAUUUAUCUGCUAA